AUGAGUCUGACGACCACCAGCGGCCCACUUCUACAGAAUAUUUGUACAGUUGGGAGCACGGACGGCUUCUACGAGAAGAAUCAACUGGACGUGAGUUGUUAUUGAUUUUAUUCUAAUUUUAGGUAUUGAGGUAAACAAGAUGUGGAAGGCAAUGAAUGCUUUGUUCAUUAAGUUUGAGAUUUAAAUUUAUUAUAGUUACUUUUUGGUAUUAAUUUUUAAAAUUUACAAAUUCAGGUGAUAUUGUUUGAAAAAUUAAUGAUUUGAUAACAAAUCUAUGUUGAUAACAUAAAAAUUGAUAAAUUAUGAGUUUAGGAGAAGGAAUGGACGUCCGAAAGCUGUUCGGAUGAUCAAGAUGAGUCCCACUCCAUCAAUCAACAGGACAGCAGUUCAUUUUCGAACGACAAGAUAUACAACAUACCUCCUGAAGUCGAUGUGGCUAUUCCGGAACACGACGAUGGACAGGUUUAUGCAAAUUUGUCUGAAAUAUCGCGUAAAAAGGAAGCUGACAUUAUCGACCGACGGCCGUACCCGCCCAAGCCGAACUUCAAUGAACCGCCUUUGAGAGUUUUGAGUAAUGGGUGGAGGGAGUACAAGACUAUUGGCGGGAGGUGAGUAUUAUAUUAUAGUAUUAUAUAUUAUGCAACAUUAUUAACUUAAAUAUAUUGAUAAAGGACGAACCUUCAUCUAUCGCAUUGUUUUAGGUCAUUCUUCUACAGUCCCUUAUCAGAAGAAUGUCAGUGGAAACCUCCGAGGAAUAUGGCUACACUCUCCAAGUCCAUGAAGGUUUCUUCUUCUCGAAACGUUUCUGUUUCUAGCUUUCAUGACAGUUCAACCUUGGAUCCGAAAGCUCCAGUGAAGUCACGAUCUGUGGAUGAGGACAGGACAGAAUUCUCGGCCGAACCCUUUGUUGGGCCAGUUACUCAUGCCUACGAGAAGAACAACUUACAAGGACGAUCAUUUUUGAAUUACUCUAGGGAGAACGUAAGUUUAAAAGCGUAUUAUGGUAUUGUUUUUGAUAGUUUAGGUAAUACUUGGUUGUAUUAUCUUAUCUUUGAUAGUAAAUAUUACCUUACAUUUAGUCCAUAUUUGCGGAAACUUCUGGAUACCGUGAUCGAACCUUGGACACCCAGAUGACACCUUGUUCUAGCCAAUCUCGAAAGCCGACAGUCCAAACUAACACAUCAAUAGAACCUACUCCAAAUGUGAUAUUCGAGGGUUUUUUACACAAGUCAGAGUUCUUGGAAGGCUCGUCCAAGAUAAAGAAAUGGUCUCAGGUGUUCGCCGUUCUCAACUCAAAAGUCUUGUCUCUGUAUAAGGAACAGAAGAACACCGAUGUGAGUGAAAGAUUAUUCGUUUACUGUUUGAUAUUAUACUUGUUUUAAACAUAUUAAUUGAUGUAUUGUGCACACGUAGUUAUCUCUUAACUUUGACGUUACGUCAAUGAAGGUGUCUUAAUGUUGUUGUUGUAGCCAAAGAGUAAGCAUUACAAAGCCCCGGUGGAAGUGCUGGACAUGAGGGGCGCUGCUGUGUAUGUGGUCGAUUCUGAUAAGAUCAAGGACAAACGCCACAAGAAUGUGUUUUCUGUAGUUUUACUCCACAAUCCCACCAUGUUCUUGUUCAGCUGUACAGAGAGUGUGGACAUCUUCAACUUCUGGAUGGAGGCUAUCAAGAGUGUGAUACGACAGAAUGUAGGUUAUCAACGUUAUCAGUAAAAGUCUUAAUUCACACAAAUACGUAUUUUUUGCAGUGUUUUAAUUUAUUUUAGUUUAAAAUAGCUAAUAACUCUGGAUUUAGCCAUGUGAAUUCGACGCGAUCCGCAAAAACCCUGAGGAAAUGUUUGGGACUCUGGGCCAAAGCACGACCAAAUCAAGGUUUGGCAUGAAAGGGUCGAUUCGACAGUCAGUCAAGAAUAAACUCAGACCGUCGACUUCGAGAGAUCGACUGGAUCAGAACGACGUUCCGACCAGGGAAUCUAUUAUCGACCGGUUGCUGAGGUUCUUACGACAACGACCUACAAUCGAGAGUUUAUACGAAAAGGGCAUUUACAAACGUCAGUUUUAAUAUUUGUUUUAUUUUUGAUACUGUUAAAAUGCGUGAAAGUGUUAUAGCCUAAUGAUAAUGAGUACAAAAAUAUAUUUUAAUUUAGCUGAACCAAUAUUUGGAAGCACGUUACAAGCUGUUUGUGAGCACGAUCAAGCGGACGUCCCCAAGUUCUUGGUUGAAGUGAUACGUGUCAUCGAGGCCAAAGGAGUACAUACGGAUGGCAUUUACAGAGUAAACGGAAACCUAUCAUUGAUCCAAAAGAUCCGCGAACAUGUUAAUCAUGGUAAGCUUUUAUACUCACCUUUAAUACUUACUUGAACCUUAUUUUAAAUGUAUAUUUGAAAUAAGAUCGUGUGAAUGACUUUAAGGUUAUGAAUACUUUAAAUUGUGGUUUCAGAUCGUUACGAUGUUCUGUCGAAGGAAGAAGACGUGCAUGUCCUCACGGGUACCUUGAAGUUGUUCUUGAGAGAACUGAACGAGCCUGUGAUACCUUCCAGUCUAAACAAGGACUUUAUCAGUGCCAUGUGUAAGUAGUCCUACUAGUACCCUUUAUUUGUGUUUAGGGGAGAAAAGUCUGAACAAGAGGAUUCAGAAGUUCAACCAGCUACUGUCAUCGCUGCCUGGGCCUAACAGAGAAACUCUGGUCGUCCUGGUUAGACAUCUUAAAAAGUAAGUAAUGAUCUUUUUUGGAUUAAAUAAUGGAAAGAAUAGUUUAGUAGUGGAUUUGCCAUUUUUCCUAUUGAAUAUUAAUAACAUGUAAGAAUAAUUAGUUUGACAGGUGACUGCUUGACUAAAUUUAUAUAACUUUCAAAACAUUUAAUGAAAUGACACUUGCAGAGUUGCUCAAUACGAUUCCCAGAAUCGGAUGAACCUACAUUCCUUAUCAAUCGUGUUCGGCCCAGCCCUCUUCCAAGAAACCAAACCCACGAAGCGGCGAGGGAACUCUUCCAAGGAAUCAGAAGGCGUCCCCAACCACGUGGUGGCCUACAACUUUGUAGCCUUCGGCCAAGUGACGGAGUUCAUCUUGGAAGAAGCCGACAACCUCAACAUAUUCGUAUAA